AUGGUUCACCAGACUCGUACCCCCAGCAAGGCCAUUCCAGCCAAGCACCUGAGCCCCAUGCGAAACGUGGACUCUCUGGGCGGAAAGUAUGCCACUUCGAGCAGUCCGGCGGACAGUUUCCUGCGCAACAACAAUAACGGCAGCAGGCUGACUGUCCAUAGCUCCCCGAGCGGACACCAUGCCCAGGCGGCGGCUUUCAAGUACAACAAUAUGGUCAGCAAUGAUCGGGAGCAGUUCAAUGCCCUGCACUUUUGCUGAUGGCUGAUGGAUGCGGAGAGACUAACGCCAACAUGAAACCAACAUUGAUUGUUGUUGGCUAUCAUUUGUCAUAAAUAAUGCAAUAAAUUUAUACAAAUUGUACACAAAAAA